AUGAAAGAGGAGAUAGAUAAGAUGGAAGAAAGUCCCAAUUCAGAUGGCACAACAACACCUCUACUAAGGGUAACUGAUGAUGGAAAAGAAAACACAAUACCCCAAGUUAGGGGGUGGUUGAAUAGAGUGUUGGACAUGGAAGAGGCCAAGAAUCAACUCUUGUUUUCACUUCCAAUGAUUCUUACUAACAUGUUCUAUUACUUUAUCACUUCGGUUUCUGUCAUGCUAGUUGGUCACCUCGGAGAUCUUCAGCUUGCUGGUGCUACUCUAGCAAACUCAUGGUUCAAUGUUACUGGCUCUGCAGUCAUGGUUGGUUUGAGUGGGGCACUAGAAACACUGUGUGGGCAAGGAUUUGGCGCAAAGGAAUACCAAGUGUUGGGAAUUUACCUACAAGCCUCUUGCAUCAUAUCUCUUAUUUUUUCCAUCAUUAUAUCCAUUAUUUUGUUCUAUACAGAACCAAUCCUGGUGUUGCUUCAUCAAUCUCAGGACAUCGCAAGAACAACUGCUCUUUAUAUGAAGUUUCUGAUCCCAGGAUUAUUUGCAUAUAGCUUCUUGCAAAAUAUCCUGAGGUUUCUCCAGACACAAUCUGUGGUAAUGCCAUUGGUUGCACUUUCAGCUCUUCCAUUGUUGAUUCAUAUUGGUAUUGCAUAUGCCUUGGUUCAGUGGUCAGGUCUGAGUUUUAAAGGUGCACCAGUUGCAGCUUCUAUUUCACAAUGGAUAUCAAUGCUAUUAUUGGCCUUGUAUGUCAUGUAUGCUAAGAAGUUCAAGCAGACAUGGCAAGGAUUUUCAAUGCAUUCAUUCCAUUAUGUAAUCACAAACAUGAAACUAGCUCUGCCAUCUGCUGCAAUGGUAUGUUUGGAGUAUUGGGCUUUUGAAGUUCUGGUUUUCUUAGGUGGUCUACUGCCCGACUCACAGAUAACAACUUCGUUGGUGGCAAUAUGUUUAAACACACAAUUCAUUGCAUACAUGAUCCCUGUUGGUCUCGGUGCGGCUGCAAGCACAAGAGUAUCCAAUGAAUUGGGAGCAGGCAAUCCAGAAGGAGCUAAACAUGCAAUGAAUGUCACUGUCAAGCUCUCUUUCCUCCUUAGUUUCUGUUUUGCUUUGGCACUUGGAUUUGGACACAAUAUCUGGAUUCAGCUUUUCAGUGAUAGUUCUAAAAUUAAAGAUGAGUUUACUUCAGUAACACCCUUGCUUGCCAUUUCCAUAGUCCUAGAUGCUGUCCAAGGUGUCAUGCAAGGGGCAGCUAGAGGAUGUGGCCUGCAACACUCCACUGCAUAUAUUAACCUUGCAACUUUUUAUCUUGUUGGUUUACCAAUAUCGUGUCUCCUGGGAUUUAAGACCAAUUUGCAGUACAAGGGUUUAUGGAUUGGUCUGAUUUGUGGGCUGCUAUGUCAAGCUGGAGCUCUCUUCCUUUUCUUAAGGCGUGCCAAAUGGACUAAAUUGGAUCUUCACAGAGACGAAGAUAAAGACCGUCAUCCUCUAGUUGAUUAA